GAUCUUCAAAACUAACAUGUCUCAACUUGAACGUCGUCGGAUUGAGGAUUCUUUGGAACUCGAUCGAAUGGAUGAUGACUUAUUCAGAUCUAAAAUGCUAUGGAAACCAGCGGCAGGUCGUGGAGCAUUUGGGGGAAACAUCAUUGCACAGGCCGCACAUGCCGCCACUCAAACUGUUGCACCCGAGUUUCAUCUUCAUUCCCUUCAUUGCUACUUUAUUGGGUUUGGAAAUGUUGAUAUACCCAGUGGUAUCAUCUACCACGUCGAUCGAUUGAGGAACGGAAAAUCAUAUGCAACACGAGCUGUUCGAGCUGUUCAACAAUCACAUUGUAUCUUUACACUCUUAGCAUCAUUUCAUAAACCAGAACCAGAACAACCAAGUUUUCAAUCUUUAUUUAAUAUUAAUUUAUUUCCAAAACCUGAAGAUUGUAUGUCAAUUGAAGAAAAGUUAAGAUGGUUUUUAAAAGAAAAUCAAGAAGGAAUGAAACCUAAAAUUCAAGAAUACCUUUCUAGAGAAAUUGAAGAGAAUAUGUUGAAUGCAAUCGAAUUUAGAAGUGUGAAACUUGAAACUUCUAGUAUUUCUGGAAACAAUGAAUCUACACAUGCUUAUUGGAUUAGAUCACGAGUUCCAAUUAGACCUGAUCCGGCUUAUCAAAAAUUGAUAUUGGCUUAUGCUUCUGAUUUUCGAUUUAUCGGUAGUGUAAGCAAAGCUCUGGGACUUCAUGCACAAGGAUCGAAGAGGGUAGCUAUGAUGGCCUCAUUAGAUCAUUCAAUGUUUUUCUACGAUCAUGAGAUAGAUGUAAGUCAGUGGAUGUUAUAUCAUAUGGACGUAGCUGCGGCUAGCUUUGGUAGAGGUUUAGUGAUAGGUCGAAUUUAUACCCGGGAAGGAAAAUUACUUGUUGUUUGUACACAAGAAGGGGUAGUCCGAGCCGAAGUUCGUCAGCAAGUGAAAGAAAAACUUUGAAGUUCAUCUUUAAAACCAGAUUUUACCUUUACACAAUUCAAAUGGGAUGUAUAGGUUGAACUAUCUAUCAGCUCAUUUAAAAAUCUUAUCAUUACCAAUCUGUCAUCAUACGUAUUCUUAAAAAGUAAAAUAAAAAAUAAAAAUAGUCGUUACUUGUUUAUAUGUUGAUUUAUGAAGUUGUGUCUAGAGUUGCUAAAUGGGAACUUUCUAGAGGUACAUAGUCUUGUAAAUUAAAUUCUUCUUAUUGAUAUAACUUUUGUAGUAUCAAGCUUUGAAUCCACUCUCUAGUAUUGAGGUGAUGAUGUUUGAGAAUUCAAGCUGUAUCUGCUAAAGUGGAAUAGGAUAUAUGUGGAUUGAGGCAGAGAG